AUGCCCCCUAGAUUCACGCAGCAGCAUCAUCAACCUAGACAGCAAUCUGAUACAUCAAAUUCGCUGGAAAGUAUGCUGAAAGAUUACAUAACAAGGAGUGAUGCUAUAAUUCAUAAUCAGGCUGCAUCAAUCAAGAAUUUGGAGACUCAAGUAGGUCAAUUGGCAGAAGCACUUAGAAGCAGACCUCAAGGAACCUUGCCAAGAAAUACUGAAGUCCCAAAGAAAAAUGGAGAAGAACAGGUCAAUGCUAUAUCAUUGCGGAGUGGUAAAGCCGUGGAUAAACCAGAAGUCAUAAAGAACUACCAUGAGCAGAAGCAGAAAGCAUUGAGUCAGAUUGAAGAAGAUAAAGUUGCUGAAGAGGUGGGAAAUCAUGAUCAACCCAAAGAACCUCAAGUUGUUGACACUGAGAAUAUUGCUACAUCAAAACCACAGCAAGGUCAGACUGUCAGCAAAGCAACAAGACCACCACCUCCCUUCCCUCAAAGAUUGCAGAAGCAAACUGAUGACAAGCAGUAUAAGAAGUUCCUUGAUGUUCUAAAACAGUUACACAUUAAUGUACCCUUGGUUGAAGCUCUUGAGCAAAUGCCAAGUUAUGCAAAAUUCAUGAAGGACAUCUUGGCAAAGAAGAGGAAGCUGGAGGAAUAUGAGACAGUAGCUCUCACCCAAGAAAGUAGUCAAUACUACCUGAACCAGUUACCACCAAAGCUAAAAGAUCCAGGGAGUUUUACUAUUCCUUGUACUAUUGGUAACCAAUAUGUAGGUAAUGCAUUAUUAGAUUUAGGCUCAAGUAUUAACCUUAUACCUAAGAGUAUUUUCAGGAAGCUUGGAAUAGGAGAAGCACGUCCAACCACUGUUACGUUGUUGAUGGCUGAUAGAUCAAUAACUUAUCCAGAAGGAAAAAUUGAAGAUGUGUUGGUAAGAGUGGAUAAGCUCAUUUUUCCCGCUGACUUUAUUGUUCUUGACUUUGAAGCAGAUAGGGAAGUACCCAUCAUUUUGGGAAGAACAUUCUUAGCCACUGGACGAGCAGUGAUUGAUGUUGAGAAAUGA